AUGAAGUUCUCCAUAAAGACUUUAUCUGUUUUAUUAGCCUCCAUCUUAUCUGUUACUUCUGCCAGCGAAGCUACUGCACCCGCCGACAGUGCUGUUGUUAAAUUGACCUCAAAAAAUUUCGAGUCCUUUAUUGAAUCUCAUCCUUUAGUCUUAGCUGAAUUUUUUGCUCCUUGGUGUGGUCAUUGCAAAACUUUAGCUCCUGAAUAUGUCUCUGCUGCAGAAAUCUUAUCUAAAAAGGACAUCCCAUUAGCUCAAAUUGAUUGUACUGAAGACAGAGAUUUAUGCACUGAUAUUGGUAUUAAAGGUUUUCCAACUUUGAAAAUUUUCAAGGGUUCUUUGGAAAACCCAGCUGAUUAUCUAGGUGCAAGAAAAUCUGAUUCAAUUAUUAGUUAUAUGGUCAAACAAUCUUUGCCUCCUGUUCAAUUGGUCUCCACUAGUGAAAAUUUAGACGAAAUCUUAACUGAUUCAGUUGAUUCGAUAGUUUUACAAAUCAUCAAUUCUGAAUCCAAAAAUAAUGAACAGAAUCAAACUUAUUAUGACCUUGCUGGGGCUUUAAGAGAGAAAUACACCUUUUUAUCCACUUCCAAUGCUGAGUUAAUUAAAAAAUACAAUGUGAAUUCAAAUGCUCCAACUUAUUUAGUCUAUAGACCAAAGGACCCAUCUGAUCCUUCAAUUUAUAAUCAAGAAAACGACAAAUCAAUCUCAUUAGAAGAUUUUAUUUCAAGUGAAUCUAAACCAUUCUUUGGUGAAAUUGAUGGUUCCACUUAUCAAGAGUACAUGUCUUCAAAAUUGCCCUUAGCUUACUACUUUUAUGAAGACGCUGACGACAGAGCUAAAUGGGAACCUUUUUUCUCCAAAUUAGGUAAGGAUCUUAGAUCAAAACUAAGUUUUGUUGGUUUAGAUUCGAAAAGAUUUGGUAGACAUGCUGAAAAUUUAAACAUGCCUUUACAAUUCCCAUUAUUUGUGAUUCAUAACAUUGAAGAAAAUCUUAAAUACGGUAUUCAACCAUCUGAAUCAAAACAAUUCACUGAAUCCAGCAUCUCAACUUUUAUCGAUGAAUACCUUGAGGGCAAAAUUGAACCAACUAUAAAAUCUGAAGAAAUUCCUGAAGUUCAAGAAAAUAAUGUUUACAAAUUAGUUGCAAAGACUCACAACGAAUUAAUUAAUGAUUCUAAAAAGGAUAUUUUUGUUAAAUACUAUGCUCCAUGGUGUGGUCACUGCAAAAAGUUGGCUCCAAUUUUUGAAGAAUUAGCCGGAUUAUAUAAAAACGAUGCCGAAUCGAGUGAAAAAGUUUUAAUCGCUGAAUUAGACGCUACUUUGAAUGAUGUCAACGUUGAAAUUUCUGGUUAUCCAACUCUUAUAUUGUACCCAGCUAACGAUAAAGAGAAUCCAAUUGUUUACUCAAAAGGUAGAGAUUUGGAAUCUUUUAUCCAAUUUAUCAAAGAAAGUGGUUCUAACAAAGUUGAUGCAUCUUUAAUUGAAAAUGUCGAAGAGGAAGAAGAGGAAGAAGAAGUGAAGGAAGAAGUGAAGGAAGAAGCAAAAGAGGAAAAAAAAGAGGGAAAAAAAGAAGAAGUUAAAGAGGAAAUUAAGGAAGAAGUUAAAGAAGAGGUUGAAGAAGAGGUUAAAGAAGAAGCUAAAGAAGAAGCUAAGGAAGCUAAACAAACUAAACAUGACGAACUUUAA